AUGCAGCUGGUUGUCACAGCCUUGUGGCUGGGUCUCCUUAUGGUGGCCACUGGAGAUGAGGAAGAUGAGUGUGUCGACGAGCCCCUGCCCGAUGAAGAUGCCACGCUAUGCAAGGGCCUUGAAGUUUUGUACCCUGAGUUGGGGAACAUCGGCUGCAUGUUCAUUCCCGACUGCAAUGACUACAGACAGAAGAUCACCCUCUGGAGCAAACCCAUAGUCAAGUUCUCUGGCGCCUUUGACGAUGCAAAGUACAUCCUGGUGAUAGUGGAUCCAGAUGCUCCCAGCAGGUACAAUCCCAGAGCAAGAUUCUGGAGACAUUGGCUGGUGCCGGAUAUCCAGGGUGCCGACCUGCAGAAAGGGAAGAUUAAGGGCCAGGAGUUACCAGCCUACCAACCUCCCUCUCCACCACCUGACAGUGGCUUCCACCGCUACCAGUUCUACGUCUAUCUUCAGGAAGGGAAGACCAUCAACCUCCUUCCCAAAGAAAACAAAACUUGAGGUAGGGUCUCAUCCUUCCUGCUGCAGCCAAGGUAGAUUAAAGGCUCUUGGGAAAUGGACAAAUUUUUGUACCGGUUCCACCUGAAUGAGCCUGAAGUAAGCACCCAGUUCAUGACACAGAACUACGAAGACUCAGCAAUGUUCCAAGCUUCCGGGGAAAGGGGCAGCUAG